AUGAAAGGCUUCGUCGCAUUCACUAGUGCACUUGCCGCAGGGCUCGUGUCAGCAGAUGCGACUCUAUUGACACAGCAGGCUUGGAGGAUCCAUCCUGUCGUGGAUGCGUGUCCUUCAACACCACUUCUCACAAAUCCAGCCUGCCAACGCUGGCCGCCACCACCAGCAGCAUCUCACGCUCCGCCCGUCGCACAAGCACCUCCCCAAAAUAUAACAUCACAUCCAUACGAAUGGCGCGGCGGCACACAGUGCAUAGGCCCCUACUGCCUCUAUCACAACCGCGGCUACGCCCACUCCCGCGGCAUCGUCCUGCUGACCACAGCCCCGGCCCUCGCGCACCUCAAGCACACGCUCGCCGCCGCGCCGCCCCCUGCGCCGCUCCCGGAAUCCCUCUUCGCAGCCGUCGACAUGCCGGGCAAGGGCGUCGGCCUCGUCGCGCAAGCGCCCAUCCCCGCGGGCACCCCGCUCAUCGCCUCGCCGCCCGUGCUCCUCGUCCACCGCGCCUUCUUCGAGCGGCCCCCCGCCGACGCCGCCGUCCUCUACGACCAGAUCCCCGCCCUGCUGCCGGCGGCCGCGCGCCGUGCCCUGCUGCGCCAGAUGGGCGGCUCGGUGCGCGGCAUCGUCGCGACGAACGCCUUCCAGGUCGACGUCGGCGGCGACGUGGCGGGCGGGCAUCAUCACCAUUUCGGCGUGUUUCCGGCCAUUUCACGGCUCAAUCACGACUGUGGGCCAAAUGCCGCGGCCUGGACGGACAAGACGGGCCUUGUGCACCGGGCGUUCGCUUCGAAGGACAUUGCGGCCGGGGAGGAGAUUAGCAUCUCGUACGUCGACGCGCUGGCGCCGCGCGCCGAGAGGAGGGCGCGAAUGGCGGGGUCUUGGGGCUUCGAGUGUGGCUGUCGUCGGUGUGCUGCUGGUGACGAGAGUGAUGCUAGGGUUGCGGAGAUCAAGGCGCUCGAGGCGAGGCUUGGUGAUGUGGCGGCAAAGGUGACGAUGGGGGAUAUUGAGCGAUACCUGGAGCUGAUGAAGGAGGAAGGGCUCGAGGGCAAGAUGGCGGGGGCGUACACGACGGCGGCGCUGAAUUACAGCCUUUUCGGGAAGCAGGGUCUCGCUGUGAGGCAUGCGCGACUGGCGUUGGAGUGCGGGUUGCGCGAGGAGGGGCCUCAUGCUGCAGACGUCGCGGCCAUGAGGGAGCUGGCAAAGGCGCCGAAGGAACACUUUACCUGGAGGGGGAGGGUGCGGUGA